AACCAAGUCCUAAACAAGGGUACGACUUACCAAGAAACAGAGGAGUCACAAACAUACUAUAAACCUCAAGAUCUUGCAAUCCAGAAUGGAUUCCUCUGUCUUUCUCUCCCAAAACUCCGAUUUCUCGCCGGAAUCUUCUUCCGGGUCGCCUCCGGAAUCCUUCUCUUGGCUCGACAACUCCCUUCCCUUCAACGAAAACGACUCCGAGGAAAUGCUUCUCUUCGGCCUCCUAGCGGAAGCCGCUCAAGAGACGUCCGAGAACAACUCCUCCAAUCCGAACAAGGAUGUAGAGGAAGUUUGUUCGAAAACCGGAGCCAAAAAAACACCCAAGAAGGAAAAUUCCUCCUUCAGAGGGGUGAGGAAGCGGCCGUGGGGGAAGUUCGCGGCCGAGAUAAGGGAUUCCACUAGGAACGGGGUGAGGGUCUGGCUGGGCACGUUUGACAGCGCGGAAGCUGCGGCCCUGGCUUACGACCAGGCGGCUUUCGCAAUGCGUGGCCCGGCGGCCACUCUGAAUUUUCCCAUCGAAAGGGUGCGCGAAUCGCUCUUCGAAAUGAAGUACGAUUUGGAGGAGGGGUGUUCGCCGGUGCUGACGCUGAAGAAGAGACACACCAUGAGGAGGAGGAGCGUGAGCAGGAACAAGAGCAGAGAGAGAGAGACGAUCAAGAGAGAGAGUGUGGUGGUGUUUGAGGACUUGGGGGCAGAGUUUUUGGAAGAACUCUUGAGUUCGACAGAGAGCGGGGGUAGCCCUGGUUGAAAUCAAGAUUGCUGAUUUCCUACGCAUUUUUUUCUUCUUUUUCGGUGUGGGUUUUUUGAGAAAUUUUUGGGGUGCCAGAUGGGUACGACAUGACCGUGCCCACGUGGUACCUACAAAACAAAACUAAAAUGGACGGUUUGGAUGCACCGAGCAGGCACCAUGUGGUAUCCACACAGCACCCAAAAAUUUCUCGGGUUUUUUAUAAGGAGUUAAAAUCCCAUUUGUAAUGCAUUUUUUUUUCUUCUUUCUUUUGCUUAUCAAGUUUUUUGAGAUAGCAAGGGAAUUAGUUGUAGGAGUGAAUGGUAUUUUGUAAAUUUCACUCAUUGUUUAGCCUUUUGGUACUCUUCUUUGUCGAAUGCCGAAUGAUAAAACUAUUUAUUCGUACGAUAAGGUGAUAA